AUGCGUCAGCUCUUGAAGCGAGUCUCUCAGGAGAUGCGUCGAGUUACUUCUCGUCCUAUGCCUGUGCCCUCAACACCGGACUCGAACCAAGUUUCCUUAUCUUCACGACAGUUGUCAACUAAAGAUGAUCUUGACGAGCAGCCAUCUUGGCUUGUGGAACCGCCUCAGAUGGAAUUCAGUCUCACGGAGGAGCUGAUAAGCAGCCAAAAGGCCGAUAUUCUUCGACGUAUUCAAGACGUCGAGACGCAGGCACUGAUAUUCCUCACACUGCCUCCCACGAACGAAGGCGGAUGGGAGGAAUGGGAGAUUGCUGAUCGGAUCAAUGAAAUAUUUAAUCGUUACCUGGAGAAUGCUGAGCGGUGUCUUGAGGACGCUAAUGCCCUUGUUCGUGGGGAAACAAGACGCAAUGAAAAGUCGCCUGACAGGGCUAACCGGGUAUCGACGGUGGUUCUUCCUGAGGCCCUACAAAUUCCCGGCUUCUCCCAGCGUGACGCGGCUGCAAUCAACCGCAGCACAAGUGACUCCUUGUUCCACCUUUUCUCUAAUCCUGACCUGCGAUCAACCACGUCGUCAGUAAAGAUGGUUAUUGGGUCGGCUUGCAGUCAGGCAUGUCGGAUUAUCACAGGUACUGAUCCAGAUCACUGUCUCAACCGACUGAAGUACCUGCUCGCCUUUCUCGAGGGGUCCCCUGUGCGCUUGCCCGGGGGCAGCCAGACGGGCGCCAGCGUAUUCAGCCUGUCCCAUGAGGUGGGCGCAGACUUCGCCUGGAACUGCCUCCUCACGUCUGCUGUGGCCCAGGCCGAGCGCCAGUUUGCGUUCUCGCUGGACACCGCACUGCCGUUCGCUGCUGUUCUGGCCACUCUGCUGUCGCGGUUUCCCGAGCAGACGCCAAACUUCCUCGCCUGUGUAGCCUCGAAUUGUCCCCUUCUGACGGCCUACGUGGACGGCGUUGAGGACGUGGACGAAGGCGUUCUGCAGAAGUGGCGUGGCGUUUGCCGGCUGUUUGCGGCCGUUUUGCUGGCUCGCACGCCGCCCGGCUUCGCGAAGCGUCCUGCUCUCCUGAAUCCGCGUCUCCUGUGGAUCACCAUCGCCGGCAUCGUGAGGCAGCCCUUUGUAGCCCAGGCGACUGCCGAGGUUCUCCACGGUCUGAUUGAGAUGGGCGGUUAUGUGCUGCUGAAGCUCUACAAAAGACAGGCUCGUCGACUCUUCAAGCACAUCCUUGACACGCUGAAGGCCUCCAAGUCGACGUCGCAGUCGGUGCCUGAGUUGGCCCUCAUCACCUGCGUGGAACAGUACCUGGAGACAGAGACGGCCUUGGACGGUGGCUACGGUGUCCUCUUGGACAGCUUCUGGAAUUGA